AGACAACUGAAGAAUUAUCAAGUUCAGAAGAUGCUUGUUUCAAUGAAGGAAUUGUAACCAAUGAAAAAUCUGAAUCUUUACAUUGUGCUAAUUUAUGCGGAUACGAUGAAGAGAUGCGUACAAGCAUUUUGGAUUUCAAUGAACCGGUAUCAAUUCAUGUUAGCAAUUUAACCUAUUCCAAUCACCUGUCAAAUAAAACAUAUCCAAGAGCUAUUUCGGAGAAUGAUUCACUUUGCAUAUAUGAUGCUAGUCCAUCACCACAUCAAGAUGAAGAAAUAAAUUUUAUGGAUGAAUUACCAGAAAUUGAGGAAACGGUUAAUAAAUGGACACCAGAAGCAUUGAUAAAUUUUGCAAAAGGAACAUUACGUGAAAAUUUUGAAACUAUAAAACAACCAAAUGAAAAUCAUGAAAUUGGAUCAUCAACAUUUGCAAAUAUAUCAAAAUCACUUGGAAGUUUAGAUUUAUGGGAAACUAAAAUGGGUUGGAUUACAAGAGUACCAUCACCAUCAAUGGAUCAUUGUGGAAUAGGUAUGCGUCAAAGUAUAAGCUGUCAUGAUCGAAUGAUUACAUCAUAUGUGGAUUGUGUUAUACAAAAUCAUUAUAAUAGAUGUUCUUCACCCGAUUGUCAUAAAUAUGCUUCUAAACCAGAAGAUGGAAUGAAGCAAACAAUGAUGAAUAAUAAUAGUGGAAGUGAUACAUCAGAUGAUGAAUGGAUUCGAUGCGUAGAUGAUGUACAAUUAGAGGAUACACAUGGGAAUGAUUGUUUGCAUAAUGAAAUUUAUCCUCAAGUUACAGUACCAAUAUUUUCUCAACAUAAUGAUAACAACAAUUCAUAUAUCAUUAAUCAACAAAAUUUCAAUGAUAUGGAUAAGAAUAAGGAAAUGAUAAUGAAAUGUAAACAACAACCAACAACAACAUUUUUCAAUGUUUUGAAGAAUGUAACCAAUGAUGAAAAUAUGAUGAAUGUAUCGAAUCAAAUUGACAAUUUUGAUAAGGAAGAAUUUUUAUCAUAUCAUGAGAAAAAUCAAUAUUCUAUUUUGGUUGAUCCAAUACCAUGCCGAUCAUAUUCUUGA